AUCAGCUGGUGAAUUAUCGAUUUGGCGCAAAUCGUAUUCAACAUGGAGGUCACUGCGAACGAUUUGUCAUAUGUCAAAUUAACAUUCCUAGUGUUUCUUGGACUUUUGUAACGAUGUGAUCAUAUUCCUCAUGGGAUUGAUUGACACGAAAUUCAAGAUGUGCAUACAUGGUAGGAAAAAGAUAUGAUGAUGGUCGGGCUGAACGCGUCCGCAAGAAGUUCGGUUGCCACUCUGUAGACCCCCAUGUGGUCUGCAAAGCAUUCUGGAUUAGAAACGGUUGUUCGGUUCUUUGGGAAGCAGCAUUCCGCAUACCAAGGACCCAUCGUGAUUGUUGUGAAUGGCGCUUUGCUUUGUUACUGAUUUGUGGGAAGCCGUCUUUGAAACCACCGGCCGUCUGCUUCGUGUUUUGUUGAGCUGCGAAAGAAGAUUUCGAAGAGCUACCGAGAGAAGCAGACGGCUCCUUGCUCAUCCGCCAGUUUUAGAGGCAAGGUAGGCUGAUGCAAAGCUUUUGACAGCAUCUUUCAACACUUCAGGCUCGGGGAGUGUGUCGGUCUGUGCUGUGUGGUGUAUAGCUAGACGUGCGCUGUUUCCAGGUUGGGGGAUAAUGCUUAUCUAGGCUCGCGUUCUGAAGGAAUGUUCAAAGAACGUGCAAGCAAGCCGUCGUGCCAGACAAUUUUAUCGCCCAGUGCCCCCUGCAACAUUGGCUUUCGCGUGAGCUACGCGAGAGAUUCCUCAUGCCGAUUCCUAAUGAGGCAGCAUCAAAUAUGAAUGUGUGUAAUUUGCAAGACAAAAUCUUUGGACAUUAAAUACCUUUAUGGAUGGUACACGAAAUAUUUGAGUGACGUUUGGUGGCGGCUGUGGCACCAGCUCCCGACAUUGGCGAGCGGAAUGGCAGGGAAUUGCAUCCAGGCGGCCAGCCGGACAGUCAUGGUUGCUGGCAAUCGGGGCUAGUGUUGAUCGAUUGCAAAGGAGCAACUUUCCUUCGCACAUGUUCUGGCAUCAGACGUGGGUUUUGUAGCUUUCUGGAGGCACGCGGUGGCAGACGUUCCAGGUGUAAGGUUAACGUUUUCAUCGGAUCAUAGCAGUCAGGUGAGAGCAUGGCCCACAGGCACAGCAAGAGAUCCGAGUCGCUGCCCAGCACGCUGCCCACCAAUGGCCAAUACAACCACGAGGAUAAUCCCAAUCACUUGGUCUACAAAAAGUUUGUUGUUUAGAGGCCGUGCUUUGGUGUGGAGAUCUGGAUUUGCUGGAGGUAGUUAUGGUCAAGAGGCUGUGCAGAAACUGUUGGAUGUGAACAGGUGCAGAUCUUAGAGAUGGAAGCCAUUAUUGAGCGAAUGCAAGACGAAUGCACAGGAGUACCGGUGCGGACAGUAAAGAGUUUCAUGUCCAAAGUACCCAGCGUCUUCACAGGCGCAGAUCUCAUAAGUUGGAUGAUGAGGAACUUGGAUGUGGAAGAUACUGUGGAGGCUCUUCACCUGGCUCACCUGAUGGCAUCUCACGGCUAUUUUUUCCCCAUCGAUGAUCAUAUGCUCACAGUUAAAAACGACAACACGUACUAUCGCUUCCAGACACCAUGCUUUUGGCCAUCAAGAUGUGGGGAGCCUGAAAACACAGAUUAUGCUGUAUAUUUAUGCAAGAGAACAAUGCAAAACAAGCAGCGACUGGAACUAGCUGACUAUGAGGCAGAAAACCUGGCAAGACUGCAGAAAAUGUUUUCUCGCAAGUGGGAGUUCAUAUUCAUGCAAGCUGAAGCACAGGCAAAGGUUGACAAGAAGCGGGACAAACUUGAGCGCAAGGUGCUAGACAGUCAGGAGCGGGCCUUCUGGGAUGUGCACAGACCUGUGCCUGGGUGUGUAAAUACAACAGAGGUGGACAUCAAAAAAGCUUGCAGGAUGAACAGGCACUCCAAAAUGAGCAGGCCAAACUAUGCUGUUCCAGGAGGGAGAAUAAGUCCAAGUGUCUCCGAAGCUGAUUUGCACAACCCCACAGAUUCUAUAAGACAUGAUAUUGAUGUACUAAAACGAAAAAUUGAAAAGAGACGGGUAAAAAUAUCCAAAGUCACAGAAAGUUACAUAGCCUACUUCCAGCAAUAUGCAGAAUUUGAUGCCUUUAUUACAAGUCCUGACCCUUCCAACCCAUGGAUUUCUGACAGUACUGAGUCCUGGGACCAAGACCGCACAUUGAAUGCCCGAGAGAUCCCUCAAAGGCGUGUGAAACGGUGGGCGUUCUCCAUAGAAGAGCUUUUGCUUGAUCCUGCUGGUCGUGACCAGUUUACCAAAUUUUUGGACAAAGAAUUUAGCGGAGAAAACCUCAAAUUCUGGUUGGCUUGUCAAGAACUCAAAGGUUUGCCUAUGCGAGAAGUGAACAAAAAAGUCCAUGAAAUUUUCUCAGAAUUUCUGGCUCCAGGAGCACACAACCCUGUCAAUGUUGACUGCCAGAUAAUGGAGCUGGUGCGACGAAGAAUGGAGAACACCCCAACGCGAUUCUGCUUUGAGGAGGCACAGGAUCAUAUAUUCAAGUUGAUGAAGAGUGACAGCUACAGCCGCUAUCUCCGCUCGGACCAGUACAAGGAAUUUUUGAGUGGCACACGCAAAAAACUGACAAGAUCCAUUAUUCCCAAGCUACCCAGCUUAAGCAUCGGCGGGACGUGAUAGGCUGGCCCCAGUCUCAGGGCUUAGAGAAAGAAAGGCUGCAUCUGCGGCACUGGCUGCGACUGCUCCCAGACUUUUCCUGGCACUGACUUGCUAGUUUGCACUGCACCACCCGCCACUUACCACACUGCACUGCUGUACCACCACCUGAAUACUUUUAUUAACAAUCUUGAAUGCUGUUUUGGUUGCUGUCCAUCGUUCUGUACUUGCUUGAGUGGCAUGCUGAUAAAGAUGAGAUCUAUUUACCACACUAUCACUACCACUUCCACCACCACCACUACCACUGUACUCAUUACCUUACCUAGCCUUCCUAUCUGCUUUAGACACUUUUGUGAUAGUGCAGUUCCACUCAUGCAUGGAUGUUCUGGGUGGCUGAAGUGAAUUGUAUCGAUGAAGCAGCUGAUGAAGGGUGAAGCUUGAGAACUGUGUAUGGGUGGGGGGGAAAGUGAGGGCCUUCCAGAAGGCUUCCAGAGACUUCCACCCUUGAUCCUCUACACGCAGAGCUUGUGUUGCAGCAUGUGUUCACACAUCAAGUGUUUCUUUCUUCUGUGGCGGUGUACGUCGUAUGUGCUUGUGUCACUCUUCAUUCUUCCAUAAUGCACGCCACCUAUACGCAGGAAGUGUGGUUAGCUCGUAUGACAAGUAGCCUUACUAACACCUGUCUUUGUUUUGCUUUUAUUGCCAUUUUCAGAGCAGGAAACGGCUGGAAAUAAGAAAGGUGUAGAGCCAGUGCUCACAAUGUGGUGGGAGUUUUUCUUCUCUGCACAAAAGCAGCAGCUACUGCAACCAGUUGUCUUCUCAUAGAUGAUAAUGUGGGCCAGAGUGAAGGUACAUGCGAAUUCCCAGCAUUCUAGGGGAUGGGCUGAUGGUGGUUGCAACUCAGUAGCACAGUGAAUGUCUGAGAAGACUGUGGACCGGAUACAACAGGCAGCAUGGAGAUGUAACUUCUGGUGCUGGGAGGAUCGUAUUUUCUUUUCCUCCAUCUGACUUUUUGUUACGGCUAUUCAAACCAGCAUCACCACACUUGCUCGCAUGAAUUGUCAGCAAGGAAGAAAAGUGCUGCAGCACCUGCUUCAGAGGCACACAAAGCUGUGCGCAUGCAAGAGUUUGUGUGUAUGUGUGUGUGUGGUGAAGCUGAUUGUAAAAUGAAGAAAAGAUGAGUGGUGUUUCUCUGGCCUUGGAGUCACAUGUAACUGCCUGAAACAAUUCCUGCCACCUCGAAAUGGCAUGCAAGGAAGGAGAUGCAAGCUGUGUUGUGAAAUUAUUGUUACCUAAAACAACUUACCAUGUCCUUCAUUUCUUUUACGAAAUGUCAGAAACACACAAGGAGCACUGGAUCCUGGAUGCGUGGCUUCAGGAUCAGCUUGUGCUGGCCACAAAUCAUUGAUGUGCCCAUGACACCUGUUGGCCGGGAGUUCUUUCGUCUACUAAUUCAGAAGCUGGAAUUCCUUUAUAAGGUCAGAUUAAACAGACAUGCUUGCAGGAUGGAAACUGAAUGAUACAGUCAGUUCCCAGCAAGCCACAGUUUAAUCAUCUCACUGGAGUUUGAUGUGAUCAACAGCUGUGUGCAGCUGGCAUUUCAUAAUGUCUUACAGCUGUGGUAUAUUCUGGGGAAUCUUACCAAGAGUUCUUAAGACAGACAGCAUGACACAGUUUAAAACAGUCCAAGAAAUGAACAAAUGGGAACUGCCAGCAGAUUCCCCCACCCCCCUUUUUUUUUUUUUGUGCGGAAGUGUGACUGGUCUUAACAAAGAGAACAGUGCAAUGAUUUACAAACAAGACAUAUUGUCUCUUUGCAAUCAGACUUUCUCCCAUGUCCCCCAAAACUCCCCCAGUUUAAUGACACGGGUCCUAUGUGUUUUUUCUUGUUCUUACUGUUGUGAUUGUCACUUUUUUACCCUAACCUCCUCUUUUACCCCGUGCUGUGUCCUGUUGCGUGUAACAAAACUUUCAUUCAUCAUUUCUUUAUUCUUUUGACAUCAUUGACUUUGGACAUUUUGUGAACACUUGCUGCCAAGCAGUGAAAUAACCCACAAUGACUGCUGAGUCUGCAGGCCUGCGUCAAGAGGGGACCAGGGGCUGAUACCAAGGGUGGCAGAAGCAAGAGUUUUUGUUAGAGCGUACAGUGUUCCAUGUUAUGCCCUUUAGGUCCAUGCAUUUGCAUUUCACGUAUGUCGUGCUACCUUUUGAUGCUACCUUCUUUCCUUCUUUUCAACCCACCCUCUCGCUGCAAGUGUCACCUCAUUAUGAUAGUGACUGCCCUUGACUUCCUUUACAUGUGAAAUCUUGAUUUGUAAAUGUAAAUUAAUAGGGUGAAUGAUGGAUGUUCUUGUUUAUGAGAUGCUGUGUAUGGCAUGUAGACAGGGGUUUCCUAAUGUGUGCUUGGGCCAUGAUAAUACUGUCUUGAAGUGAACACUGCUCACACUUGCAGCACUUAUUGAUAAGGCGACGCUUUGUCAAGCAUGCCAAAACUUUGAAAUAGUAAGUUGCUCAUCAGAGUGCAGGUCAAUUGACACGAAACAUUUUGCUGUAUAUCAAUUAUUCCUUAUAGUAUGUGUAUCAGCCACUGUAUACAGAUUACUGCUCACCAGAAUCAGAAGCAGGAGGGAAAUGAUCCCUUGUGUUUUUUACGAUAUAGUGACACUUAAAUUCAUUUCCCUAAUGCACUUAUUGUAUUUUGAUUUGCAAAUUUAAUGUCUCCAGUGAUAUUUAAGCUCCCAGAUAUGACUGUUAUCCCAUAAUGAUUUUUAAGCUGCCAGAUUAUUGGCAUAAUCGAACAGGGCUGUUGUAAAAUCAGAAAACACUGCAAACCUUUUUUUUUUCAAGACCUUUAGUUUUUCUGACAAAAAUAACAGCUACAUGCUGAUGAAAUUUGACAUGGUUGGUAGAGUAAAUCUGCUUACUGCACAGUAGCUAUUUGUGAUUCUGAAGGGUAGAUUAAUUGUUUUCAUUUGUCUUACUGCCACAGACAAUAUUUAAAAAUAAGAAAGGUUUAUGUGAGUAUUGAUUUAUCAUACAGUCUUGGGUGUACAUGCCUAGGUUUAUGACAGCCCUUCAGCAAGUCUCAUUUUGGAAACUGCCAAGUUCAGGGGAAGGAAUCAAGUCUCAGUGUCUACCAGAUUUUCUUGCAUUUUAAAAAUGCCCAUUCGAUUGGCCUGAGAGUUACUUGCGUGUAUUUUGGAACUCACUUAUUCAGUCAUCUUGCAAAUAGUGAAGCUAUUGUAUGAGUGUAUGGAUAAAGGAAAGCUGGUGAGCUGCACUGAGGUCACAGUCCAGUGACAUCUAAACUGCACAAACAAAUACCACAUCAGUGGUCCAUCACAACAAAGCAGUCUGAAACAUAUUAAACAAGUGUAAGAAUUUAUCCUAAAUUGUAUAUAUUUUCUUCUCUCUCUGUUUUUGUAGGCAACCCCUGUUUCCAGAUAUGGCCCAGAUUUAUUAAAAUACAAAGCUUAGUUUGUAGCUAAAAAUUUUAUCAUCAUAAAGGUGUCAUCUCUACUACCAUCCACAAAAAAGUGUGUUUAAUGGCUAGCUUCAGGGAGACUGGAUGUAAAAGUGAGAUGUGGGUAAAUGUUAAUGACUAUCUGUUCUGACCAAAGAAAAGCAUCAGUUCAGUAUUCUGUACAACAUGCAGCCUGUUGUUGAACCAUGCCAGAUGCACAGCUGUACUUUUAUGUAAUCCUAGGCUAGGCUAGUCAAGGUUGAUGUAGUUGACCGCUGCAAACAGUUGUCACAACCAGAGAGAAAUUUAUGUGCCAUCAGUGGGAUCUGAACCUAUAUCCUAUGUUCCUGCCAGGUGACAGGCAGUUUAGAGCUGGAACAAUCCUUGUGCUGUUUAUUUUAUCACAGUCAGAAUUUCUGUUAAAACGCACAUGAACUGACAAUUGGAUUCUCACUAACCCCUCACCCCAUUCAAGCACUGACAUGGAGAUAUUUCCUGACGAGUGAGCCAUUUUUACAAUCAGAUGCACUACAAUGUGUUAUCUCAUUUCUUUUAAGGCAGUUAAUGUUUUUAGCGUGGCUACCAGCUUCAUAACAUCAUGACAAUGUUUUUCAUGGGGCAGCAUACACUUAGCCAGACUUACAUCAACAGUACAGAUCUGAUGCUAUGGAGCCUUCCACCUUUGUGUUGUUAUGAACAGCUUUGAAAGAACUGUCAUGUAUCAUUAUACCCUGGGUGGUGCAGAGAAACCUUGAUGCUGUGAAUAAAGCAGAAUGACUGCUGGAUCAGUCAGGACAGCAGCUCCUGAAAGCCAGUGUUGUUAAAAGGGGAAUCCAUUUUGUUAAAGGUGCAGGUCAAUGGACUGGUCAUGUCUUGUGUAGAGAAUAAACAGAAAGCCUGCCCAAGUUUGGUCAGCACUACACUUGUAAAACUAGUUUAAACAAGCAUAUGCUUGCAGAGAAACUGCUAGCAUUUUUAAAAUUGUGUCAUUAAAAUUUAAACAAAAUAUAUGAUAAUGUGUCCAGAUGUGUGUUUUCAGAGUGCCCCCCUCCUCUCCCAGAAAUGGAUGCCUUGACUAGUCAUCAUAUUGACUGUAUGUGGCAAUGUAUAGUGUGGAAUAUUAGCUGCAUGUUGAAAGGCAUUUGUCAAUUUGUUAGAUUUUCCCCACCCCUAAAGGGUUUGAAUGAUUUUAUUGAUUGGUGUUGAACCCAGUUAGACCAGCAGUAAUCAGGUUAUUCAGAUGGGAUGGGGAGUUUUGUGUGGUGUAACAGGUCUUGGGCAACUUGCUGGGGGUGUUUCAUUUCAGGAUCUCAUUUAGAAAGUUGAGGUGAUCACCAGCCAAAAUAGCACUUAAUGCAAGAAAGUGUCACACAUGCAACACCUGUCAGCAAGGUCAAAUGGAGACAAGAAAUCAGCGCACAUUUUAUGUGUAAAUGUCAAUCAUCUCUGUCAUAUUGUUACAAGUUUUGUUGUCUGCUUCAGUUGAUCUCUGUGAUCUAGAGGUGCUGUUGUAUUUGCUAGUGAAGUACUGAUUGCUGACAUAGAUACUGUUAACUAAUUGUUAAGAUGGCCUUUUUCACUAUUUCGGAGUAACGUCUUUGCUCUAUUACAAUGGUUCAGUGUAAAUUUUGAACAGUAUUUGCAAUCAGAUGCAAGUAGGAGGCUGCUGUGUGCACAGAUCAUCCAUUACUAAGUUAACAUUUCACUUUCAGGCAUAGUUUGGAAGAAAAGGACUGUGUUUUGGUGUGUGUGUGCAUUUGUACAAAACUCAACAUAUUUGUGCAUCACUGCUGUGCAAGAUGAUGGCAAGCAUGUCACAACUUUCUUGGUCUGUGACCCCAAUGGCCUGGACAAGUGCCAUUGCAGAUCAGUUCCUCUGCUCACCAUUUCAUCAACACUUUGUUAGCUUUUUUGGCAUUGUUGAGGGGCGGGGACACAAACCAAGUUGCAAGAUGGAUAAUCAUGAGUUGCACCAGACUGCUGGCCAUCCAUAGGUACUGGUGACUUUGUACUGUUCUGGAAUCAUAAGAUGGUUUCCGACAUGGUUUUCAUCAUGCUGCCAGUGUCAGGCUUUUAGAAUUCCUCUUUUUUUUUUUUUAUUUAUUAUUUAACAUCCUUUGAGAAAGUAUAUAAGUAACAUUUGAGCAGAACCAAAGUUGGUGAUUUUGCUGAUUAAUUUGUCUAUAUUCAAUGUCGUUGCUGAAGGUUAGGCUUAGUUUGUGUGCCAGUUGUUGCACGUGAAAUUUGCUGGGAUUGUUUUGGGAUACUGCACAGUAGAUACAACCUUUUGGGCAUCUCACAGUAACACAUUUUGUAUAUAUACAUGCUGUGUGUCAGCAUGUCAGUUGGAAAUGCGUACAAACAGCACUGUUGAGGUUUGUUGGCUGUAAAUAUAACAGUGAUGCAGUUAUGCUUUUAAAACUAUAUUUUCUUGUUAUUUCCAAAACAUUGGCAUCAUGCUUUUGGCAGAUAUCUGCAGGUUUCUUAAAGCAAGAAGAAACCAUUUAAAAAAAAGUUUACUUCUGCUUUACUUUAUCCAUAAAUCUUUUGCAGCACAUUUUGUCUUGGUCAUUAUUUGCAAGAAUUGUUCUUUUGUGUGUGUCACACUGCAGUAGCAACCACACUUUGUUCUGCAGAAGACAGUGAGAAAAAACAAAAUGGUUAUUUGUAGAUUUUUGGAUGCUGCUACAUGCUGAACAUAGUGUCAACAUCUCUUGUGCUAACAUCUGGGUUUUUUUUAAAAUCCUGGAGACGUGUUAGCCUAGUCCAAAUUUUGUUUAAAUUGCAGAGACUUUUGGCAGCCCUAUUAAACAAUUCUUAAUGAGUAAAUAGGUUUUGUUUCCGAGUUUGUGUUGCUUUUCCAGUUAUGGUAGUGCCUCUCUGUCCGACUGCAUGGUGUGGGUUUUUGCCUGGAGACCAGGUUUUUCUCCCACUUUUUUUUUUUUAACUAAUGCCUUCUGUACUAGUUCAGCUUUCCUGCUACUAACCUUGCAUUUGUGGGCAAACAUGGGAUGGCCAGGGUUUGCAAGAAAAUUUGGGAGUUACUCUUUCUUGUAGAUUGCAAGUGAAAAUAAUUUGAACGAUGUUUCCGGUGCCCAAGACUCCAACCAUAUAUAUAUAAUGCAGCAAGUUAUGUGAAAUUACUUAGGUUCUAUCUACAGCGGGUCUGCAUUUUCUCAUUGAAGCAUUGCAUCAGAUCACUAGUGUGUAUGACUUGCAUGAUCAAGGUGUUUGCUACACUCUUUGGCAGGCAUGUGUACUUAACAACCCACAGCAUGCUCUGUUAUCUCUAUUCCAGCAUGCAUGAGGGCCAAAGAAAAUGUGGAAUAAACACAGUUUUAGCAAGUA